AUGCUAUUGUUGCUGCUGUACUUGAGAUCUGUUAUGACAUCACCACCUGAACUAAGGUUACGAAAUGAUUUGAUGCAUGAUUACAAUCCAUUGGAACGACCGGUUGAACGAAGUGAAGAUCCCGUAAUUGUAACACUUGGUGUAAUUUUUCAACAAAUUAUCGAUCUGAAUGAGAGGGAAGAAAAAUUGGAGAUAAAUGCAUGGUUGAAAUAUAAUUGGAAAGAUAUGAAGUUACGUUGGGAUCCAUUAGAGUAUGACAAUGUCACAGAUUUACGGCAUCCAGCUGGUACUAUUUGGCAACCUGAUAUUUUAUUGUAUAAUAGUGUUGAUUCUGCCUUUGACAGUACAUUUAAAGUGAAUGCAAUUAGUUAUAAUGAUGGUUCAAUAACAUGGAUACCACCGGGAAUUUUCAAAAUAUCAUGUAAAAUUGAUAUUUAUUGGUUUCCAUUCGAUGAACAAAUUUGCUUUUUGAAGUUCGGUUCCUGGUCAUUUAGUGGUCAUGAAGUGGAUCUUCAACCGGGUGACUUCGAUAUGUCCGAUUUCAUUGAAAACGGUGAAUGGAUUAUUAUAAAAACUUGGGAACAGAGGAAUGAAAAGUUUUAUGAAUGUUGUCCGGAACCAUAUCCGGAUGUUCGCUUCUUCGUCCAUCUUAAAAGGCGAACGCUUUACUACGCAUUCAAUUUGAUAAUGCCUUGUAUGAUGACAUUAAUACUAAUUGUACUCGGAUUUACUCUCAGUCCGGAUACCUGUGAAAAAGUAGGGUUGCAAAUCUCGGUAUCACUUGCUAUUUGCAUAUUUUUGACAUUGUUGAAUGGGAUGACACCACUUACUUCUGAAGCAGUACCAUUGUUAGGAAUAUUUUUCCUCAGUUGUAUGGUUAUAUCGGUGGCAGCUACAUCCUUUACUGUUUAUGUGCAAGCUAUUCAUUUUCGGAAUCCGGAUACGCAAAUGCGAAUGAAUUUUUGGAUGCGAUACAUAUUAUUAGAAUGGGCGCCGUUUAUUUUGCGCAUAAGACAACCAAAACGUGAAAAUACAUUGGAAACAAUUAAGCAAGACUGGAAAGAUCGGAAGAAUAGAAAUGAGGAUGAUCGAACUGCCUUUACUUACGAUAAUGGACAAAUGCGAGUAAUACAAAAAAUUGGUGAUGCAUUACGGCAAAAUUUUCAAGACUUAAUGUUGCAAUUGAAAGUAACUCAGUGUGGAAAAUAUGAUCAAAAUUUGCUACAACGUUUGAGAAUACUUGAUCGUAUUCAUAAGCAUGUUAAGGUUCGGAUUUUUUUUUUUUCCUCUCCCUCUCUCUCUUUCUCUACCCCUAUUUCUCUUUGA